GAACUCAUGGAAGAUUUGAGCCUGUCCAAAGGAGUCGAUGUGGACAAAGGCUUUGCCAUUGCCUUUGUUGUCCUUGUGCUCCUGUUUCUAAUAGUGAUGGUUUUUCGGUGUGUAAAGUUUAUGAAGGAUACCCAUGAGACCAGGUCAUAA